UUGUGCACUUUUGUCGUAAAAUUUCCCUAAAUUUUUUGGGAUCAAUUUUCCCUCCAAAUUACGACCUUAAUUUCGCACCUCUCCCAAUUUUCCCUCCACUUCUCAAACCCUAACCACCUCUCUCUCUGUCUCUGUCUCUGUCUCUGUCUCUGUCUCUCUCUCUCUUCAAUUCAAUUUCCUCACUGCCAAAACCCUCUUUACCUGAUGCGGUUUUUCCCUAUGUAAGACUCUUUGUGUUUGCCUCAUCUCCUAAUUUAUUUAUUUAUUUUUCAAUAAAUUUGUUAGUUCUCUCUCUGUGUAUUGUCUUGACGAUACGAUUUCUUGCUUCAGGUCGCGAUGAAUCAAAUUGUGAUGUGUUAAAUAUCGUUUCUUUGCUAGGGUUUGAAUUUGAAUUUUGAUCGCAGAUGAGUCAAAAAUGUGUUCGCUUGGAGAUCACGAUGAUGAGAUUCAACAUACUAAGAGGAAUUCAAUUCUCGAUACUGAGACUCAGCCAUUUGACAAUGAGUUAACAAUGGGUUCGCUUGGAGAUCAUGAUGAUGAUGAUGUUCCACAUAUUAAGAGGAAUUUAAUUCGCAAUACUGAGACUCAGCCCUUUGACAAUGAGUUAACAAUGGGUGUGCUUGGAGAUAACCAUGAUGAGAUUCAACAUACUAAGAGGAAUUCAAUUCGUGAUCAUAGCGAUAUUGAGACUCAGCCCUUUGACAAUGAGUUAACAAUGGGUGCGCUUGGAGAUAACGAUGAUGAGAUUCAACAUACUAAGAGGAAUUCAAUUCUUGAUCGUGGUGAUAUUGAGACGCAGCCUUUUGACAAUGAGUUAACAAUGGGUUCGCUUAGAGAGAAUGAUAAUGAGAUUCAAUAUACUACGAGGAAUUCGAUUCUUGAUUGUGGCGAUAUUGAGACUCAGCCCUUUGACAGUCAGUAUUCUCCACUGCCUGGUGAGAGAUUUGAAGGCAAGGAUUUUGAUGAGUUGCAAUUUCUACAAAAUACUUUGCCAUUUGUUGAUACUGUUCCAUUUGAAGAUGCAUUUGAGACUCAGAUCAUGAAUGUCGGUGGUGAAACUCAAGUAUUGGAUGAUCUUGAUGGUGUUGAGAAUAUGGCCACUCAACUGUUAGAUGAGAGUGAUUAUGAAGUUGUUGAUACUGAUGGUGAAGGAACAGAUAGGACGGAAAUUUUGGGUGAUACUGAGGAGUCAUCUGAUGAUGACCCUGUAGAAAGAGUUGGCACUUAUCCAGUGGACCAGGAGCAUAAGCUUUGCAAACAAGAUGAUAGGGGAUUGAAAACAGAAUCAGAUGGUUUGAGUAAUGAACAGCACAGUGCAGAACUUGAUGUUUCUACUGCCAGACUACCAGGCAAAGACACCCCAAAAUCAAAGCCUGUAUCUGUGCGAAGGGAUUUUACUUCAGUUCGUGCUGCAGCUUUACGGGCCUCUGGUUUAGCAGCUCGUAGCAAGGCUUUUAAGGGAACCAACAGUGAGUCAUGCUCCAUUAAGAAUGAAGAUCAGUUUUCAAAACAACAUACUGCUGAGGACAAUGGGGUCGUAACUGUUACUAGAGAUUUAUCGACAUUCAGAGAGGAAGUUGAUCAGGAGGAUUUUCAGGAAGAGUACAAUGAGAAAAUGAAGGGAUUAAGGGAUGAAAACAAGUGUAAGGUUGGUAGUUCAACGGUGAGGAGACUUUUUCUGGAGGAUACACUUGCUGAGCCUAAAGGACCCAAUGAUGACAAGAAUAAUGCUGAUGGAGGAGCAGAUUUGUCUCAGUUGCCUGCUUGUGGUAAUGAGAUGGCGGGGCUAAGCUAUGUUGACUCUCAAGAACCUGGAGAUCUGUCGCAAGCCAAUGCACUAGAUGUUGUGGACAGGUAUCUCCAGUUUAAUGUCAUGGAUUUUAAUCAAGAAGUUGGCUUUGGAAGCUCCACUGGGCAGAAAUCAAAGCCUGACUCAAGUGCAAAAGGGACUCAAAGUUUGGUCAAAAUAACAAAUCUGAAAAUUACAGCUGGAGAAAGAGAGAUUUUUGAUUGGGAUGACAGCCGUGAAGAUGAAGGAGGGGGAGAGUUUUUCACCAAAAAGAAGGAAGCAUUCUUUGAUAAUGGAGGUCAGAGGAAGAGAUCUGUUAGCAAACCUCGGAAGCAUCUUGACUCCAAACGAAAUGGGGUUGUUGAUGAAACCAGAGACAAGGAAGAUCAACAAGAUAUCCAUCAAAAGGUAAAGGGUUUAGUUAAUUCCAAUUCAGGGUUAGUGUCGCGUAAUUCAAAAAGGAAUGACAAGACAACAAAGGUAACAAAAACAAAAUCCAAAAAGAAUCUUACUAAGGAGUUGGAUGAACCAUUAAAUAUUGGUUCCUCAGAUGGAAUGGAAGCUAUUGGUACUGACAAGGAUAUGACAGAGGUGCUGAAUGUAGGGUUUGAUACUCAAAUGGCUGCUGAAGCUAUGGAAGUGUUAUGUGCUGGUUUGGACAUGGCUGACCAUGACAACAAAGACAUUGAUCAAGGUACCAAAAAUAUGUUUGAGGCUUCUCCCAGAGCAAAAAAGAACAGAGCACAGUCUAAGGGAAACUUUCUACGGAAGAGAUCAGUUUCGUCUAGUUUUGGGGUUAUUACAAAAAAUUCCAAGAAAACAAAGAGCAUUGGUAACAAAUUAAGGAAAGAAUCAACUGUUUCAUCACAGAAACAAGCAAAGAAUGUCAGGAAGCAAUGCGAUACUGAGUUAGUAAAGGAAGAAAUGAAGAAGGCCAAGUCAAAUGCUGAAGGACACUUUGCCACCAAUCGGAUUGAAAAAAUAGACAGAGAGCAAAUAGAAGAAGAAAGAGCUCUGAAAAGAAAUGACAUUGAUGUGGUUGAUAGAUGUCAUGUCAUUGCACCAUCAAGUGGGUAUAAAUCGGUCAAGAAACGGAGUUUGCUAGAACAACUUGGUACUUUCACACCCAUAGCUCGUCGAACUAGACAGCGCAGGGUAACAAAUCAAAUAAGGAAUGGGAUUGCAUCAUGUGAUUCUAGUGAACGGUUGCAUUUGACUGAAACAAGACAAGGGUAUAGUACUGGUUCUGAUGCUUUUAAAAUGGUUGGUAAAGAGAAAUUUUCUAAAUUGGGUUCCAAUCAAUCCAGAGAACUUGAAAAUGUCAAAUUGACUGAGCAGAAGAAAUCACAUCAAAAGGUAACUGAUACAACUACUGUUGUCGGAAUUGGGCCAUUGAGAAAUAACAAAGGAAAAAGAACUCGUCGAAAGUUCUCUGAGUUAGUCAAUCAAUCUGUUGGGCUGGAAGCUGAUGGACAAUCACUUGGAAGAUUAAAAAGAUCAGAAAUCAGUGCUGUGAGCACUUCCAUUGAUCUAGGCAUCAGAAAGAAAGCUUGGUCAUCUGCAUGUGCUGGUCCAGUGUUGCGUUCCUCAGACCGGCAGUCUAAGGGAAGCUUGUUUCAGCGAAGUGUAGAUAGAGGAGGUUUAGGAGAUGCUUCUCUUAAAUGUAAUUCUGUUGAUGGGAAUGUGAUUCCUAAAGAUGUGGUUGGGGGUUUUGCAUCCAAGCAAUCUGACAGGAACAGUGAUGCAGAUACCAUGCUAGCUGGUGAAGGUGCUGAAGUGAAUGCUAGGUUUGAAGUGUCACCAGGAGACAGAUGUAAACAAUCUGGUUCAACAUUUACUACUCUUGUUAAUUGUACCACACCUGUAAAUGCUGCAUCACCUAUUUGUAAGGGUGAUGAGUAUUUCAAACAGUCAUGCAGGAAGAAUUUGUCAAAAUCCCUUAUGAAAGAAAUCAGUAGCUUAGUCUCCAAUGGACCAGAACCCACUUCUAUAAUGAAAGAUUCAAGGAGGAGGAGAGAUAUGGCUAAUGUUCGAGUAUUGUUCAGUCACCACUUAGAUGACGAUACAAUCAAGCAGCAGAAGAAGGUCUUGGCCCGGUUUGGAGCUUCUGUGGCAUCCUCUAUUUCAGAAGCAACACAAUUCAUAACUGAUAAGUUUGUGCGUACGAGGAAUAUGUUAGAAGCUAUUGCUUUUGGAAAACCAGUGGUGACCCAUUUAUGGCUUGAGAGCUGUGGAGAAACUGGCUGUUUCAUGGAUGAGAGAAAUUACAUAUUAAGAGAUGCCAAAAAGGAAAAGGAAUUUGGCUUUAGCUUGCCAGUUUCAUUGGCACGUGCAAGCCAACGUCCUCUUUUACAGGGGCUAAAAGUUUUGAUUACUCCAAAUACAAAGCCUAGUAAAGAAAUAUUGGCAAGCUUGGUUAAGGCAGUGAAUGGUCUGGCGAUGGAGAGAAUUGGUAGAUCAGCAUUCAAGGAUGAUAAAAUUCCAGACGACCUGUUAGUUUUAUCUUGCGAGGAAGAUUACGUUCUCUGUGUGCCUUUUCUUGAGAAAGGAGCAACAGUUCACAGUUCGGAGCUUCUACUGAAUGGAAUAGUUACUCAAAAGCUCGAGUAUGAAAGAGGAUGGAAAGAUGAUAAAUAAUGAUUUCUUAGUUUCAUCCCAAGACACCGUCUCUUUGCAGAUCAUGUCAAGAAAACCCGUUCUACAAUAUUUUUGAAACAAGACAGUAAUCAGUAUCUUCCUGUGACUAAAUGCAAAUAAGAUUGCUUUUCCCCUUGUUAUUUAUCCUCAUGUCCGUGUAUCUCCUCAAUGCUUCUCUUUUAUUUUUUUAUUUUUUUGCGAUUUAUUUGUACAUGCAGAGUUUCAAAUUUGGGAUGUCAGUUCCUUUCUUUUUUUAAAUAAAAAAUUUGUUUGGGAGAUUUUCUAGAUUUGGAUCUGCAUCUUGUAAAGAACACUUCAAUGUAUAUAUUAUUUUUAUUGCCAAGGAUGAUUUAUGACUGAGUUUUGUCGGUAUGAGAAAUUUUCAGGCACUGUUCAUGGUUGCUUCCA